CCAAACCCGCUACCCAAACACCAGUCUUCGUCCCCUUCAUCUCCUCCUCUUUCCCUCCCUCCCUCUCCGUUCUCUCCAGCUCACUCUGCGCGUCAGUUACGAGUUAACAGAAUCCUCGCUGUUACUUUCCCCUUUUUCUCUUCUCCCGCCCUUCCUUCCUCUCGCUCUCUCUGGGUCUUCCAUGGACGUCGAAGCUCAGCCCCUCUCGGACCUCCCCUUCGCUCCUCGGGACGGCAUGGGGGCUGGAGCGUCCACUCUGGGGCUCCGCCUCCUUCUGCCGGACGCCGAGUCCCCGUUCUCCCCCGUGGCCAAUGACGGAGGACCCGACGGGGGAGGCCCCCGGUUCCCGAAGUCCCAUGCCGCGCUGAAAGUGCAGAAGGUAUACAGGGGCUACCGUACCCGGCGGAGGCUAGCUGACUCUGCCGUCCUCGCCGAAGAGCUCUGGUGGCAGGUGAUUGAUUACGCUAGAUUAAAUCAUAGCACCGUAUCCUUCUUCAAUUUUGACAAACCCGAGACUGCGGCCUCGAGGUGGCACCGUGUUAUCCUGAAUGCUUCUAAGGUGGGUCAGGGUCUGUCCAAAGAUGGAAAAGCACAAAAAUUGGCCUUUCAGCAUUGGAUUGAAGCUAUUGAUCCGCGGCAUCGAUAUGGACAUAACUUGCACCUCUACUAUGAGGAGUGGUGUAAAUCAGAUUCCGGGCAGCCAUUCUUUUUCUGGUUGGAUAUAGGAGAUGGCAGGGAUGUAGAUCUCAAGGAAUGCCCAAGAUCAAAGCUUCGGCAACAGUGUAUCAAGUAUCUCGGACCUCAAGAACGAGAGCAUUACGAAUACAAUCUUGUUGAUGGGAAGAUUGUCCAUAAACAAUCCGGAGAAUUCCUUGACACAAACAGAGGAUCUCAUGGGGCUAAAUGGAUUUUCGUGGUCAGCACCUCUCACAAACUCUAUGCUGGUGAGAAAAAGAAGGGAGCGUUUCAUCAUUCUAGCUUCCUCGCUGGCGGAGCAACAUUAGCAGCUGGAAGGCUAAUCGUAGAGCAUGGCAUACUGAAGUCCAUCUCUGCAUAUAGCGGACACUACCGGCCAACAAACGAUAGUCUCGACAGCUUUAUAUCCUAUCUGAAGGAUAAUGGAGUUAAUCUGGACGAAGUUCAGAUCUUCAAGGCAAAUGAAGAUUCCGACAUGUACAACGGCACCAAAUCGAUAGCGGAUAGUGCAAUCAAUGCCUUUAAGAAAUCUCAACGUCUUGAAAAUAAACUUCUAUCGGACAAGGAAGAGAAGGAUGAGAAACCUUCUCCUGAACCCAGAACCGGUCCCACGAAGACUGAUGAGAAAGCAAGGCAGGACCUGUUAAAGAGACUCAGCUUCAACAGAAUGGCAGUCAUCCCAGACCAGCAGAAACUCGAGCCGCAGCUCUCCCGAAAAUGGUCGGCCCUAUCGGGUGGGCUCCAGAGCCCAAGGACCGAGGUGCCCAGGGAUGCAAUCCUACAGAGGAUAAACUCUAAGAAGGCCACAGGAUCUUAUCAGCUGGGCCACCAGCUCUCGAGGAAGUGGUCGACUGGGGCAGGCCCGAGGAUCGGCUGUGUCAAUGAUUAUCCACCUGAGUUGAGGCAACAGGCGCUGGAGUUUGUGAAUCUGUCACCAAGGCGGCCCCCCACUCCUUCAGCCAGCUUUUGCCCACUCCAAGGGCUCGCGUCGCCCACUUUCCGGGCCUCCGUCUUGUAAUUUCCCCAUACAGGAUUGUCCAUAUGAACUCGGGGUAACAAUAGGCGGAACCUGCGGUGUACAUAGUUUAUCGUUGGAUGGAAAUGAUCAUCCAAAUUUUGUAAAACAUCCAGCAUUUCAGGGCGCCUGGAAUUGUUUUCAGAAAUCUAAUCUAAUUUUGAAUUUGUCUUUCGGCAAUUUGUCUAAAA